AUGAGCGAAGAGCAUAUAAACAAUGGGAAAGAAACGAAUAAGUCUAAACAAUCGAGAGAAAGCUUAUUAGACGACCAGUUCAAAGGAAGCACUUCAGAUAAGUUUCUUUUGAUUAAUGGAAAAGAAAAAGACCAUACUAAACUGCAGAACUCUCUCGCAAAACAAAAAAUAGAAAACACAAAACCGCAUAUUCACAAGGGUUUAAUAAGCACAUCAUCCUUAGAAAAAUAUAAAAAUUUCUUGACAAAAAUAGAAAAAUCCAAUGAAGACUUAAAAAAUAUGGAUAAAGAAAGUGUAAGGGUAGACAUGGACAUGCUUGAUCAGUCCUGUGAGGAUGACGGCAAAGAAUGUGUCAUCAUGGACGUUUCCAUGGGUAUUUUUGAUGUGCACAAUGAUAAUUUAAAUGACGAAAAACUUAAAGACAUGAACAUUACAGUGGCUGAUGUUGUGAAUCAGGAAAUGGAUGAACAGUGUGCAAAAGAUCUAAUUGAGGAAAUGUGA